AUGCGCAGCUCUACGGGUAUGUUCAGGGCCUGGAAGAAAAGCUUCGCCGUCUGGGGAGAGCUGCGGAUGCUAAAGAACGAAACACACCCCCAAGAUACACAAGCCACGCUAAUCGUCAACAACAAUAACCUCUAUGAGAACUUUGAGAUACAAGAAUCAGCAAUGGUAGAUCCACCAUGCAGCCCUCAAGGCGUUUCCGGAGGCAAUGUAGAAAAUGCAGGCACCAUUGCCGACAACGUCGAAGGUCCAGUACAAGGCCCUCUUGCGAGGCCAUGGCCCGCACCAGACCAGACCUCAACAUUUGGACAGCAAUUGACAGCCCUCUCCCUGGAGGCUACUGCCGAGCGACACUUGGGUUCGACCACAGGACUCUCCUUCGCAAACUUGACACAGAAGAUCCUACGUCGUUUGACACCCGACAAGGCGGAUUUUGUAUUCAAUAACCCCCAAGAAACCAAUACGGGAAUCGACCUCGUAAAUUUCAGCUCACCUUCAGACCCUUUCAACGACUCUUUCUUCCAGAACUUGAGUGAGUCCAUCUCCACUCAUCCGCUUCUAUUUGGUGAUCUCUUCUUUGCCGACUUGGCCGGGUCCGGCACAGCCCUUGAUUCUCUGGCAUGGCCAAGCGAUGAGGCAUAUGUGCGCCGACUAGUCGAUUUCUAUUUUGCUCACUCCCAUACCCUCUACCCAAUAUUGAAGCGGUCCGAGGUCAUGGACACUCUUGAAAGAAUCUGUCAAGAUCCUCAAAGCCUGGCGACACAAGCACCCGUGCACGUCUUCAGAAUCUGGAUGGUCCUGGCGAUCGGUUCCACUGCUUACUCUUCCGUUACCCUGACUGAGGAAUCGGAAUCAAUGCUCUUUUAUAACAACGCUAUGCAGUAUUCUGAGCAAGCGUUGGGCGGUGAUGAAAUGUCUGCCUUGGAGGCUAUAAUGCUUCAGGUCUCCUUUUCCUUUUUCAACCAACUUGGUCCUACAAUACGCAGUGUUGUUUCCAUUACUUUGGGACGACCUUUCGCACUUCAUGACGACGAUAUAGAUGUAACACCCUUUGAAAAUGCCGAUGAGGAGUUUAUACACGCCGACCGUAUAAGCCCCCAGAGCCCACUUCAGCCCUCUCUUAUGGCUGUUCCGCUGCACAUUUUAUCACUGCGUAAGAUUGCAGGCAAAAUUUCGCGCAAGGUGUACAGAAACGCCAAAGAUACAAAUAUGACUUCACAAGAACGUGAGGCAAUCAUAGCUUCAUUACACCAAGAACUUCUCAAUUGGCGCCGGAGCAUGCCAUUCCCGCUCCCCGACGUCAACGACAACGUACCACAUCUCAACACAACCUGGUAUGACUUCAACUACUAUACCCAUCUUGCCAUGAUAUACAGACCAUCCCCAUUAUGUCCCGUUUCGGAUUUGAAGCGGAUCAAAAUGUUGGAGAUGGCAGCGUCAAUGUCACUCCGCCAAGCUUUCAGCAUGCAUCAACAACAACGAUUUGCAUACAACUGGUUGAAUUUUCUCGCCCUUUUUACAGCUACCUUGUCGUUAAUCUAUGCAAUAACGGCUCAACCUGAUGAUCUCAGUGCCGUCUUGAGAAACACGCGAGCUAUCGCUGACCUGGACCUUUCAACGCAGCUUUUCGAGAUCUUUGGGCUGAAGUUUUCUGAGGCGAAGAAGAUUCAAGGCAUGAUCGCGGAGGUAUCUCAGCGAUAUAAGGAGGUCCUCGCUGUAAAGGAUAUAGAGCCCAAUAUGACUUAUCAUGGUGAAAUAUGA